CUGAGCGCCUCAAAUAUCUAGCAUCCAAACUAGAUUUACUUUUACAUUUUGUUAGUUUUUGGCAGAAUGCACUGCAAAAUCUUUUCAGUCUCUGUUAUUGUUUUUCUGGGAUUCCUGACCAUUGGUGAAGGAAUGAGUCUUAGAGGUCUGGGUGUAGAUCCACGCUGUCGCUGCAUUGAAACAGAGAGUCGACGCAUUGGAAAACGCAUAGAGAGUGUGGAGCUCUUCCCUCCAAGCCCACACUGUAAAGACACAGAGAUCAUUGCCACCCUGAAGGGAUCCAGAAAAGAGAUCUGUCUGGACCCUACUGCACCCUGGGUUAAGAAGGUCAUUGAGAAGAUCAUUGCCAACAAAGCACCAUGAAUGUUUGGAUCAUCUGUGAAGUUGAGCCUGAUGAUAUGUAUGAUAUUGCCACAUCUGACAUGUCAACCUGUACCGAUG